ACAUAGACAUUGUGGGUGCAGGGCCUAAACGCUUCAGCGAGAGAGAGAGAGAGAGAGAGAGAGAGAGAUUAGAACCCUAAAAAUGUCUGAAGAAAGGGUGGUCAAGAACGUUCAGGUUGGAGGAGAAGAAGAAGAAGAGACGGAGAGUAUCAUCAAUGGCGCCUCGGACGAGCAGAUCCCAACUCCCGAAGAAGCUGCCACUUUCUUGCCCAAAGCUGUGGCAGAAGGAGGAUGGGACAAGUGCUGGAUAGAGAAGAUAACGCCAUGGGACUUGGGAAGACCCACACCUCUCAUCCUCCAUCUCCUCCACUCUUCCUCUCUCCCCUCUGGCCGUACCCUUGUCCCCGGUUGCGGCGGCGGCCACGACGUGGUUGCAAUGGCAGGCCCCGAACGCUUCGUUGUUGGAUUGGACAUUUCAGAAAAUGCUCUAACCAAAGCAACCCAGAGGUACGCCCAAGAGCCGAACUCAAAGUACUUCACAUUCGUUAAGGAAGACGUUUUCACUUGGCGCCCCGACGAAUUGUUCGAUCUCAUCUUCGAUUACGUAUUCUUCUGUGCAAUUGAACCCGAGCAAAGACCGGCGUGGGGCAAGGCAAUGCACGAACUCCUCAAACCCGACGGCGAAUUGCUUACUCUCAUGUAUCCGAUCACCGACCAUGACGGCGGACCUCCAUACAAAGUCGAUGUCUCGACCUACGAAGAGGUUCUGAUUCCAUUAGGGUUCAAAGCGGUGUCCAUCGAGGACAAUGAACAUGCCUUGGUAACUCGCAAGGGGAAAGAAAAGUUGGGGAGGUGGAAAAAGACGAACUGAGGAUCUUAUAAUAAAGUCUGUCCAUGAAUCUGAUUAUCAAUAAUCAAAUUGUAAUGAUUGAUAUUAUGCGUUAUAUAUAUUUCGUAUGUGUUUUCAUUUUAAUCGAUGAACGUUAUGGUUUUAUUUUAUUUUUUUCUGUAAGUUUAUAAACUUGAUGGUAUCGUCUAUUAUAUAUGAAACCAAAUGUCGAUUUUAA